AUGGCUUUCGGAUACUGUGACGCAAUAAUUCCAACUAGCGAAGACGAGCAGUUCUUUCACAUGACCAACGAAACUCCGAUAAUCAGGCUUCCCUGGCCACCGAGUAUCACCGCUUCGGAUUUUUUGAGCAGACGAAAGCCUUCUCAAAAUUUAAGGAGCCCAAAUGCGUUUUUGGUUUAUCGCAAAGCAUUCUUAGACCAGCUCUCUCGCUCCAAUCAUAACCUCAAGAUGACCGACGUAUCAAAGUUAGUUAGCAUUUAUUGGAAGAAUGAGGCGAAAUGUGUUAAAGACGCUUACAAGGAAAUUGCUCAAGAAGUAGAGAAAGAACUGAUUGAGAACCGAAAAAAGGAUCUAUCAACAAUUCGAGUUGUGUGGAAGAAUUCAAAAUUAUCUUCACGAAAGCGUAGGCAGAAUGUUAAAUGUUCUAGCAACAACCCUCUCGGUAUUACCGUCGGUAGCAAUCACGUUUCACCUGUCAAAAAUUCUUCUAUUUUGAGCCCACGUGAUGAAAUUGGACAAUAUGAAUUUGUUUCGGUAUGCCCGGGGUUAACCAACUCCCCGCUCUCUGAAGAAGCAAGCGAUUGGAACUCUGAAAAUAAAGACAGCAGUUCAACCGAGACGACUCCUAUCAUAGAAACGUCGAUCGAGACUUUUCAAC